AUUGACGGUGCUAAAUACCCUGACUGUUACACUGCAUGCGCUGGCACCCCCUCCGCCUGUCGGUCAUUCCUAAGAAGUUCUCUGUGACAGAGGCUUGAACCACAUCUGCAUGGAGCAUGUCCAGAUCAUCGGGUGCCAUCUCACGGGCGUGCUUUUCAACACAUUUUUGUUCGGCAUAGUCUCGCAGAGAUAUGUCACCUACUUCUUAUCCGGUCAUGCACGUUCAGAGGAACAAUAUACCGUGAAGAUGAUGGUUUCCUUACUUUGUCUUCUAGAUACCACCUCUACAGCUUCUCUGAUUUACGCGGCAUGGCGACUCGCCAUCGUAGACUACAACAAUCCAUCUGCGCUAAUGGCAAUAACACCUUGGCCCAUCUGCUUUAACCCUAUUGUUGUUGAGUGUACUGCCAUGACAACCCAAAUGUUUCUAACAUCACGCUUAUGGCGAUUACGCCGUAGUCGUCUGCUUGUUGGAAUCGCUAUCGCUCUAGCGACAAUGUCCUUUGCAACAGGCGUGGCAGCGGCGGUGGAGAUGCUGGUCACAAGAUUCCAAUCCAACGCUCAUAGAGGGCCUCAAGGAUUUCUUGGCUCCUUGAUCCUUUCCUGGUCAGCCCUGCAAGUCGUCACGGACGUGUUUAUUACAGUCAGCCUCAUCGUCAUCCUCUGCCAAGCCCGAAAGGGUCUGGCCAUUCCAAGUGCACGGCGAGAAUACGGAAGAAUUAUCGACGUGUUCAUUCAUGGGUCUAUCCAGACGGGGGUUCUUGCCGGAGGGUGGGCUAUUGGUACUCUCGUCGCGCUGAUUGCUUGGCCCACAAGUGAUCUUUCUGGGGCUAUAUCAAUCUGUAUGGGCCGAAUAUACACAAUUACCUUGCUUGACAUCCUCAUAUGUCGCCCUUAUUUUAAAGGUGAUAUUAGAGAGGGGACCACAAGCACUAAAUCGUCGCCGCAGCUCACCUCAGUCGUCGAAUAUCCGACCUUUGAGGCCGUAAUCAAUCCUUAAGACAACAGCAGAAGCACUGUGCAGCUAUUUCAACCAUCGACCCAUGAGCGCGAGGUCACUGGUUAACGGGAUUCUCAGAUACGCUAUUGUAAUUGUGUCCCCGCUCUACUGCAUCUUAUCAUGUUGAUGAACAUAGCUCACCACCGCUAUCGGAGACCCAACUCUUGAUGCCAUGGAAUCCCGAUACCAUAGCAUCGUUAUCACGAUGACCAGUAAUUUACCCAUCUAAGGUCGUCCUCUCUUUGUCGUUUAGCAUCAUGAAUCGUCAGUCUUCAUGUUUACC